AUUUUUUUAUGUUUACCCCAGCUAUAGUAGGGAGAGUACGGUUUACCAACUACACCUAUUAUACCUAUAUGUAGUGAAGCUGUGGUGAAGCCUCACGCUUCACCCCGCGUUACCUUACCCUGCACCUGACCCCCAGAGUUCGGUCAGCUCGGAGCUCGAAAGCACAAAUCUAAUCCUCCAUAUCUAGAUAAAAUAAGGCACCUUACAUUAAGUACAUUGAUCAAAACAAAACUUAGUUUGUGCGAAAAAAAGUUUUUUUUGAUCUAAAUGGUUAUACUGAAAAUGAUGCUGGAGCCAGAGUGAAAAUUAUGCAAUAAUAAAUACUCAAUUGUGGUCAACAAUGUAACAUUUAACGAACAAAUUGAUGAAUAAAAAAGUGCGCGCGAUGAGUGAAGAAUAAACCAUCCUCCGAGGAUAUUCCGGGAUUCCUUUCAAAGUAAUCCGCAAUUAUGGAGGAGGACAGGAUAGCCUCUAUUAGUGUGGCUACAGAAGUAAAGAUUUUAAUUAUUACUUAUGUCAAUGGAUCGACUGCCGAGGAUUUGUGCAUGAAGAUUUGUCAGCAAUUGGGCAUUGGACCUGUUGCCAGGCAUCUUUUUGCUUUAAAGAACAAGGCAACAGAUAACUGGUAUCAUGCUAGUUAUAAGUUUGAUGGCAAGGAUAAAUACAAAUUAGAUUUUAGAUUAAGGUUCAAGCCUUCCAGUCUUCAGAGAUUAAAGCGAGUCGAUGUCAAAGCGCAUGAUUACUAUUUCCAACAGGCUAGGAGUGAUGUUUUGGAUAACAAAGUUCCUGAUAUUGUGUACGAGAAACACAAGAAAGAAUUAAUUGGCCUUAGUGUCAGUGAUAUGUAUCGGGUCAUGCUAGAAAAAGAAAUGACCAGGGAAGUUAUUGAAUCCGACUACAAAAAGUACAUUCCAAAAGAAUGUAUUAAAAGACAUUCUUUUUUCAUUAAAAAGCCUAUCCACGAUGCACUUGGCAAAAUAUCUGCGCAAGACUCCUUGUUUGUGAGAGAGCAAUAUUUAAAGCAGUUUGAAAAUAUGGCUCCCAAUUAUCUGUGUGAAGAGUACAAGGCUAUGAUGGAGAAAGGAAUGCCCAGUCCACCAGCUAGAGUGUUGCUGAGAAUCAGUGCAAAAGAAAUAGGAUACAAUGAACUGGAGAUAAACAACAGCGAAUGGAAAACAUUGUGUUCAAUAGAAGACCUGUGUUUUAUUUCAAUCAGGAAAGAUGACAAUGUUGUAGAAGUAUCCAGAAAUAAUGGAAUACCAUCUUAUUUGAUGUUUAAAUCAAUUUCAUUGUUAAUGUCAUUUGUCUCUGCUCUUGAUGGAUACUAUCGCCUAGCAGCAAGGUGGACCUACAAUCUUUGUGGUGAUGCUGUAACGCCGAGCUUGGAACGAUUGCAUAGACUGAAAUGUCAUGGUCCUGUUGGAGGAGAGUUUUCGUAUGCCAAACUGGACAAUGAGCGCUCUAAUAGGCCAGGCACGUUCAUCUUGCGUGAGAGCGAAACUAAGUAUAACGCGUACUACUUGGACGCUUGUGGGAAAGAUUUAAAGCCUCGAACGUGGAGAAUUGAAAAACUUGGACCAGAAGAUUUCGCAUUGUCGGACUCGAUGCAGCGGUUCAAGUCCAUUGCCGAGUUGCUGUCUGCUCACAAGGACCCCGAAAAUUCACUGUACUUGAACGAAUGCCUGUUUCCAUCGGAACGCGACGUAUCUCCGUUGCUGUUAUGUGCGCCCGAAAGAAUGAAGAGUGACGUCACAGCCGAGGAAGAAAUUAUUACAGGUGUACUCGAGGCAAGGCCGGGCAGCGUACUACCACACGAAUUGCAGGUAUACAAAGCUCAACCUUUUCCCAAGAGUAAGGCAAGCCAAGCACGCGUGAAUGCAGCGUCUUGUGGCGGUUCAGUUACGAUUCUCUACAAGGCAGUCUGGCGUAUCGCUAAGGGUAAAAAAGUAGAGGCUGUGAUUAAGUUAUUGAAAGAAGAUGAUAAGCAAUCGACAAGGGAGUUUUUAAAGUUACAAGCAAAGUGGGGACAAUUACGGUCGAGUGCUUUAGUUAGAUUGUAUGGUUUCACUUUGAUACCGUCAUUGGGUAUGUUACUGGAGCUUAUAAAUCUGGGACCUCUGGACGCCUACUUGCGUGAAAGUCCUGAACAAAUCAUCAAGACCAUCGACAUGGUUGAUGCCGCGGCCUGUCUCACCUCUGCGUUAUGGUACUUGGAAAAUCAUAACUUUGUUCAUGGCAAUAUUCGAUGUCGAAAAUUAAUGGUACAAGAGCACACUGACAACAGUUUUCAAGUUAAACUUGCUGAUCCGGGAAUUUUCAGUUACAAGCCGGCAGAUGUUCACUGGCUGCCGCCCGAGUGUUACGAAAAUCCCGAUCUGGCUAGGCGUACGACGCUUGCGGACGUGUGGGCUGUGGGUACAACCAUGUGGGAAAUUUUUUCGCGAGGUACGAUAAUACCGUGCGACAAUGAUCCCAACGUGAUCAAAAAGUUUUACGCCAGUGGCAAGCGCCUUCCAAUCCCGAAUGGCUGUCCACACGAAGUUUACGAACUUAUGACCGAAUGUUGGGGCAAAAUCGGCGGCUCGAGAAAAACCCCGCUAGCCAUUAUGCGAGACAUCAACCGAAUCAAGUUCCAGGUGCACAACUCGAGAAAGAAUCACGCGUACGCCUCAGCAUUUCCGAAACUAGCAGAGCACAGGAACUCGGAUGUCAUAGAAGACGAUGCAAGCGAGACCGAUCAGCGACACUCUUCCUUCGACGGCGAGUCGAGAGCUAGUAGUUUGUUCACAGACCGUACGAGUCUGCCGUGGGACGAGAUCGACGAUAGUCUUGGGAUAUUGGGUGCUGACGGAAAUGGCAUGAUCUUUGAUGAUUCUGACAACAUACUCUCGACUUGUUUGGGCUGGUGGGCAAAGGGUAGUAUCAGUGACAAUACCGGCGAGAAUGGAUACGAUAACGAUAAUGGCUUACUCGGCCAAAUGCAGAGUAUCUUCGAGCUGGACGCUAACGUCAAUCUUAUAUUGCAAGGACGCAUCGGUCAAGGUUUUUACGGGGAUGUGUACGUAGGUGCUUUGGAGAGGAACAACGGGAAAGACGUCGAGCCUCAGAGGGUGGCUGUGAAAAAAUUGAAAAUGCGUGCGAUGGAAGCGGAGCUGCGAGAUUUCGAAAGAGAAAUCGAUAUCAUGAAGUCUCUCAAGCAUCCAAACAUUGUGGGAAUCUUAGGGAUCGUAUUAGAGCCAGAGGUAUGCUUGGUAAUGGAAUUUAUAGAGCACGGCUCUUUACUGACUUAUCUGGCUUUGUACCGGGAGAGGCUUACUCACAAAAAACUACUUGGAUUCGGGCUGGAUAUUUCCACUGGUAUGGAUUACCUUGGACGUAAAAAAAUUGUACAUCGGGACCUGGCUGCAAGAAAUAUUCUCGUUGUCGAUGAUAAUCGAGUAAAAAUUAGCGACUUUGGUCUUGCUCAAGUUAUUGAAAAGAACGAUUACUAUGUUUUUCAGACCAAUCGAGAUCUGCCAGUCAAAUGGUAUGCACCGGAGAGUCUUAAGGACGGCAGGUUCUCACCUCGAUCAGAUGUUUGGUCAUUCGGCGUGACAUUGUACGAGACUUUCAGCUUUGGUGAGGAUCCUAUAUUACCCGAAUUAAUAAAAAAGACAAAUGCCGGGGAAUCUGGAAAAACUGUCAAUGGAACUAGACGAGUAGAGGAGAUACUGUCCACCGAAAUAAUAGCAGCUCUAGAAAGAGGAGCGCGCUUACCCUGUCCAGUUACUUGUCCACAGGACGUCUAUGUAAAAAUAAUGUACCCAUGUUGGCACAUGCAGAGUAAUCAGCGGCCUGAUUUUGCGAAACUCUGUACAGAUAUCAAGGAAUUAAUUGAAAGCAAGUAUUAAUAUUUAUCGCGUGCCAUUGUAUUUGACCAUU